AUGCCUCCAAAGCUAGACCCCAAUGAGAUCAAGAUCAUUCACCUGCGAGCCACAGGUGGUGAGGUCGGUGCCUCAGCUACUCUAGCUCCCAAGAUCGGUCCUCUUGGUCUAUCACCAAAGAAAGUUGGUGAAGACAUCGCCAAAGCAACUGGAGACUGGAAAGGUCUACGAGUGACUGUCAAGCUCACGAUUCAAAACCGACAAGCUGCCGUCUCUGUCGUCCCAUCCGCUUCCUCCCUCGUUAUCAGAGCUCUCAAGGAACCUCCAAGGGAUCGAAAGAAGGAGAAGAACAUCAAGCAUUCCAAGUCAAUUCCCCUCGAUGAAAUAAUUGAGAUUGCUCGAACCAUGCGUGGUGCGAACAAGUCCCUAGCCAAGGAACUGAAAGGUACUGUACUUGAAAUUCUCGGCACUGCGUUCAGCGUUGGAUGCCAGGUCGAUGGCCGAAGUCCCAAAGAUAUCAGCGACGAUAUCAAGGAGGGCAAUAUUGAUGUCCCAGAAGAAUAG